AUGCAUCUUAUGACAGGCCCUGCAGGUCGCUGGAGUAUGGGGUCCCUGGGCCUCCACAGCAUCCCCCAAGUCCUACACAUGGUCCUUUUAACAGCGCUGGUCAUGAUGAGCUUGGUGUUUGGUAAGUGGGUUCAGAGGAAGAGGGAGCUGUAUAUCCUCGUGGUUGGGGAGGGCUUUGGUGAUUUUGAUCCUGAUUCGGUUCAGCUCCCCAAAUACCUGCGCUGCUAUCGAUGCCUCUUGGAGACCAAGGAGUUGGGAUGCCUUCUGGGGUCUGACAUCUGCCUCGCCCCGCCUGGCAGCAGCUGCAUGACCCUCCUCAUAAAGAACAACAGUGGUUCUGACAUCAUGGUGAGUGACUGCCGCCGCAAGGAGCAGAUGAGUGAUUGUUCAUAUACCCGCUCUUCUCCAGUGUUUGGCUUCUGGAUAUUUUCUCGAUGCUGCUUCCGGGAGUUCUGCAAUAACCCCCAGAACAGAGUCUUCUAUAUUCCUUAG